UCACGGUUUCCGUCGGUUUCGCUAUCGGAGAAGUUUAUUUCGUUCGUUAUAGUAUGAUUCCUUUAAAGUAGUGUUGUGUACUAGUUUUACAGAAAUAUUUCACGCCACCCCAAAAUAGUCGUAUUUCAUCUAACUACUGAAAACGACUUUGUAUUGUAAUAAAGACGAGAAAGAAGAGAAAAUAUUUGAGGUACUACUAGGUAGGCGACUCAGACUGAGUUUGUCACUUUGUGCAUAACAGAAGCAUGAAAUAAUCUCACACAAAGGGGAGGUUUUCAUUAUGAAAAGAUGGCCACUUCAGCAGCAACCAUCCCCAUCUUUCUUCCCCACUGGGAAAGCAGAGAAAGGAGUGUGCGCUUCCUCUAUCUGGCGGAUAGCUGCUCCUUUCAGAUUACCAACGACUGCAGUGUCAAGGAAUCGAUGGUUCCCUUAUUUCUUGGAGCUGACCUGCUCUCAAAAACUGAUAUUAGGACAGAAAAUCAUCCUAAGUAUCAUGCAAAGUAUGCCAAGAAAGGCUUGGCAACCAAACUGAUUUUCUCCUCUGAAUUUAGGUUCCAUGGACUGAGACUCCCCACUGGAAGUAACAGCCUCUGGUUUUACAGCAUCCAGGGCCUUUUUCGAGUGGCUUUUGAAGUCUACAGCCAGCAAGAGCAGUUGUCAUUGUUGGACACAUUCCAGGACCUGUGGAAGUCACGGAUUAAUGAUGGUCCACUGAAAAUGUGCUAUUACUUAAGUGUCCGACUGAAAUGUCCAGAACCCGAGGACAUUCUGAAGAUCCACAAUACAGAAAUCAAACUCAAGCUGAAGUAUCUUGAAGUCCCAGAAACACAAGUCCAUGACCCCCAAAUGACUGAGAGCAAUAUGGUGACUCCCCAAGAUGCUGUGCCCCCUCCUGGUGACAGCUCAUCAGCAGACCACAAUUAUUGUUGUCCCACAGAUGUGGCCCCUCAGUCAGACUUUCUUUCCAGAAUUGUUCAGAGAAUCAGAAGCUUCUCUGUUCUUAUGGAAGCCUCCACACCAGAUGUUGGGAGAGAGCAGGAGGUGGUCAUGAUCCUGCUGGAACAUGCAGAGCAGUGGUUGAGAAAGGGACUGGAUGAGAGGAGCUUAGCAGACCUUGUGCUGGCACUGCUGGAGACCAAGAUCCAGGGUUCUUGGGAGGGGGAUUCUAUUUACAGCAGUGCUCUACUCCAGACUGUCAGCGCAUGGUUAGGUCGCCAGUUCUUUACUGCCAAUUGCUGCAUCAGCCAGCGGGUAGAGGGCUUCAAGGUGCGCCACAUAGAGAGCAUCUCAGAUCUACCCCCAGCUGAGGAACUAGUGGGUGAGCUGUUCCCAGAGGCCAUGCGGGUACUGCUGCUCAACUGGAUGGGUCUGACUGAGGAUUCAGCUCACUGGAAGCGUCAUAGUGAAUACCCAAUUUUACUCCUCAUUCUAGAGUUUGCCAACCAUAACCUCAUUACUGGUGUAGCACAUGUCCUUUACUCAAGCUUAAUUUGUAAAUAAUAAAACUUAAUUUAUCACAAUCCUAGAAAUUAAUGGUAUUAUGCUGGCUGUUUGGAACCAGUCAGCUGCAGUAAACCAUUUUUUCCCCCAUUUACCUUCCCAAACUCCAAUCCUUGACAGUUCCUGAAUUGCUCAUUCAGUUAAAGGUUAAAAUCUAGCUGAGGGUGUUCACUACCCAGGUCUGCAAUGUAAAAACUGACAUUCUGCCACUGGAGGAUGCUCAGUGCAAAACUAUCUGCCAGAUCUAGCAAGUGUUUUGACGGGGCUGCCGUUCUUCUCCUCUGCCUUUCUCAACCGGUGUCCUGCAGGGCUCAGUACUGGGGCCUCUCCUCUUCUCAGUCUACCCCUCCUUCCUCGGCCCUGUCAUCACCUCCCAUGGAUUCAAAUACCACUGCUACAUUGAUAAUACCCA